AUGGUUUGUCUGGGUCCCCGGAAAAAACCAGCAAAGAAACCGGCGCUGCUGAGUCCGGAUGAUGCAACCAAUCGGUCUGUCAAAGGUUCAAUGACCAAGAAGAAAUCUCUGACGCCCUUGACCAAACGUAAGAGUACAGCAUCCGUUGCUUCGUCCAGGAAUUCCGUCGAUGCGCCCGGUGGUCCUAAUGCUACUGCUACCACUGGACUAGGCGGUAAGCAGGUACGGCGACCCACCUCACGCACUUCGUUGGCUCGUUCUCCUAGUCCUGACAAUCGUCCCCGUUCUCCCCACACCCGACCCCCACCGCCACCCGGCACUGCACCCUCAGUCCGAAGUAGUGCCCGACCCAGCUCCCAUUCUCGCAAUGCAUCAAACGCUUCGACGAUCAAAAAGUCGCCUGUUGCUCAGAUGAGAGAGGAGUUUGACGAGCUCAAAGUGAAGCAUAACGAGAACCUUGAAGUGAUUGCACAGCAAAAGGCCGAACUUGAAUUAUUGAAACAACUGGUACAGAAACCAGCAGCAACAGCGGCCGCAGAAACGCAAAACAAGAAAGACAACGACGAUAACGAGCCGCAGCAGCAGCCCACGUCACCACCACCCGAGCUUAAGCCAUCAAUCAGCCAGUUGGAGCUGGACACGCUUCAGGCACAGAACGAGGAAAAUAUGACCAAGCUCCAUGACCAGGAACAAUUGCUGGAACAGCGGGAGAAGGAACUGGAGGAUCUGCGACAGCGACUUGAAGCGGAGAAGAACGUCCCCAAUAUCGUGGUCAGCGAGGAUGAGUCGCUUGCUGAGCGUGAGCGGGCAUUGGCGGCAAAAGAGCAGGCGCUUGAAGCAGAACGACAAAAGUGGGAGGCCGAAAAGGCGUCGCAGAACAAUAACAUUGAUGACGGUGUUGCACAGCUUGAAAAGCUCAAGCUUGAGAACGAGGAGGCUGUUCGAAGAUUGGCGGACAAGGAGAAAGAACUCGAAAAGCUACGAUCCAAGAUCGAGAACGGAGAGCAGCAGGAUGCGGAUAUUGCUCAAUUGGAGCAAAUCGAACAACUCAACAAACAGCUCGAAGCCCAGAAACUUGCCCAUGAAGAAAGCCUCAGACGCCACGAGGAAGCCAUGGCCGAAAAGGAAAAGCUGCUUUCAGAGCAGCAGCAGGCACUCGAGAGUCUUCAGGAAUCACACAACGAUGAGAUCCGCAAGCUAAAGACGGGCCAAUCCAGCAGUAUCUUGACCAUGAAACAGCGUCAUAAGCAAGACAUGUCCGAUCUCCAGUCGCGUCUGCAAGAAGCUGAAACCAAGGUCAAGAAAAGCAGCAAUGCAGCCAUGAUGGAUGACGAGGUUGAGCGUAUCCUGCACGAGUUUGAGCAGGCCGAACACUCUCAUGCAGUCCAGAUCGAGACGUUGCAACAGUCGCAUCAGUCCGAGCUUACUGAUCUGCAACAGAACCACGUGGCCCAGCUCCGAAAUCUGAAAAAGGUUCAAGAUCGAUCCCGCGAAGGUUGGACAACGCGCUAUUUGCCCACCGAGGCCGUCUCUUGGCCUGCUCCUCAACCAUUGUCUGUCCUUCGCAAGACCAAUGGCCCGCGCACUUCCCACUCGGCUUCGCAGCGUAUCAUGAAUGCUGCCAAGGAUGAAGCGGGUCCCGUUUUGAUACCACUUGAUAAUAAGAAAAUACAAGUAUAUAUCUCGACUGUUAGCGGCAAUGCUGUGAUAAAGCGAAAGCAGGAGGAUAUUCAACAGCUGUUGAAGACCAACGAUAUCAACUUCGAGCUGAUCGAUGUAGCAGCCAGCGAAGCUGCGUUGCAACAUAUGAAGCGGUGCAACAACAACGGAUCGAAUGAUGGUCGAGCAAAGGAAGUGCCUCAACUUUUCGUAGGAGGUGAAUACCGUGGUCAAUUUGAAGAUGUCUCCAAGCACGUCGAAGAAGGAACCUUAGAUACCCUUUUGCAACCUGCUGCUGAGCGUGAAUGGACACCUGAGGAACGAGCAGCACUUCAGAAGGCUGAAGCAGCUCGUAGCGAAGAUCCUGCAGUCGCGCCACCUAUCCGUGUCUUGCCUGCAGGCCCAGCGCAAACGCCAACAUUGAGGAAGACCGCUGGACCGAGCCCUGGACCUGUAAGAGCCUAUCGAGGCAUUGAAGAUGACGAUGAGGCUCUCUUGAAGGAGUUGGAGCAGGAGCUGGAUCAUGGAAUUAUUAAGGUUGAAGAUCUCUAA